UCUUCGGCUCACUCCGCUACCGAGCGAAGGAGCGGGAGGGUAGCAGCAGCAGACCCGCUGGAGGAGCCGGCGAGCCACCCGAACAGAAGCGCGCCGCGGCUGGCUUUGGAGACCCAUCGCCGGCUUGUCGUUUGGAUCUCGGGGAGCGUUCGUUAUAGAGAAGCAGCCGCUGCCUCUGGCGAUGGGGAUCGCUCGUCUGACGGGCUGAGAAGAAAGAACCGGGGAGGGGAGAGACCCCCACAUCGGAUUCCCCCUCCCCAGAACUUUUUUCCCCCCGCUCUCAAGCUAGCUGGAGCGUCCGCCCGCCGAGAGAAAACUUCGUUCCGUCUGGGAUCCCGCCCCCGCCCCCCGCGUGUGCGUGCCUCCCUCUCUCUCCGGUUACUCUACGAGUCAGUCUUUGCUUUUGUCGCGAUCGAUCUCCAUCUUCGUCUCCUCGAAGUAGAUUCUUUGGAGAAGCCCGGAGCUUUUAGCACCGCUCUGUGGAGCCUUUCCCCUCAAGGUCCCCCUUCUCUUCCCAUCCACCCUGUUGAACCUCCACAAGAUCAAGUCGGCGGCGACGUUACUCUCUCCGACGCGGCUGCUGGUUCUGCGCCCCAGCCAAGGAUAACAGAGCCAGAACUGCGAGACGGGAGGUGGGCAAUGUGUCUGCAAAACUCUCGCUUCUCUUAAGCCCGCCCCGCCCCCCGCGCGCAAAAAAACAAAAACAAAAAACCCCAACACAAAACCUCUGGAGAGGAUGGAGAUGAUCGCUCUGUGGCAGGCUUGGCCAUUUCCCGUUCCUCCUCAGACUUUUGGGCAGAGUUCGCCGGGGGUGUUUUAAUUGGAUGUAAUUACUCACUCGGCAUGUUUAUGACUUCUUGGGGGACGAAGUGGCUUUCCUUCAGACCCAGCCAAGAAGACUGUAAAAAGUGAAAGAAGAAACGCCUCCUCUCCAGAUCUCCCUGUCUUCUCAGGGAUCCGGCAGCAGGAAAAAGGAAAAUAAGGGAUUAUAUAUUUGAAAAAACCAAACCAAAACCACUCCGGCAGAAGUUGUCCCCUCCCCUCCUUCCCAGCCCGCUCCCUUCCUUCGCUGGUAACCAUGGCAGGGGCUGGCCGCUGCUGGGAGAUAAUGUGUUGCACGAUCUUCGCUCUUCUGGGCUCGCCUGCCGUCAGCGCCCAAGACGAUGUUUCCCCAUAUUUCAAGACAGAGCCAGUGCGCACCCAGGUCCACCUGGAGGGAAACCGCUUGGUCCUGACCUGCAUGGCAGAAGGCAGCUGGCCUCUCGAGUUCAAAUGGUUGCAUGAUAACAAGGAACUGACCAAGUUCUCACUGGAAUACAGGUACAUGAUCACAUCACUGGAUCGUACCCACGCUGGCUUCUACCGUUGCAUUGUGCGCAAUCGCAUGGGAGCCCUGCUGCAAAGGCAGACAGAAGUGCAGGUGGCAUACAUGGGAAGCUUUGAAGAGAGCGAGAAGCAGCAGAGUGUCUCUCAUGGUGAAGCUGCUGUCAUCCAUGCUCCCCGCAUCGCCAGCUUCCCUCGCCCACAGGUCACAUGGUUCCGUGAUGGACGCAAAAUCCCCCCCAGCAGCCGCAUAGCCAUCACACUGGAGAACACUCUUGUGAUCCUGUCAACAGUUGCCCCCGACGCUGGAAGGUACUACGUGCAAGCCGUGAAUGACAAGAAUGGAGACAAUAAAACUAGCCAACCCAUCACAUUAACUGUGGAGAAUGUAGGUGGCCCAGCUGAUCCCAUUGCGCCCACCAUCAUUAUUCCGCCACGCAACACCAGUGUCGUCUCGGGCACCUCGGAGGUGACCCUGGAGUGUGUGGCCAAUGCCAGGCCACUCAUCAAGCUGCACAUCAUCUGGAAGAAGGGCGGGGUGCCGGUGUCUAAUGGCAUCAGCGACUACAACCGGCGCCUGACCAUCCUCAACCCCUCGCUGAGCGACAGUGGCUACUAUGAAUGUGAGGCGGUACUGCGUAGUAGCAGCGUGCCCUCUGUGGUCCGGGGAGCCUACCUCUCUGUGCUGGAGCCGCCUCAGUUCACCAAGGAACCAGAGAGGCACAUCACAGCUGAGAUGGAGAAGGUGGUGCAGAUACCAUGCCAGGCCAAAGGUGUGCCUCCACCCAGAAUGUUCUGGUACAAGGACGCCCUCCUGCUUGAAGUGGAGAAGCUUGCUCGAUUCCAGCUCCUUGCCAAUGGGAGCCUGCAGAUUAGUGGGCUGGUGCCAGAUGAUACGGGCAUGUUCCAGUGCUUUGCCCGCAACGCUGCUGGCGAGGUGCAGUCCUCCACGUACCUGGCCGUCACCAGUAUUGCCCCCAACAUAACCAAAGGACCCUUGGACAGCACCGUGAUUGACGGGAUGGCCGUGGUACUCAGCUGUGAGACCUCAGGGGCUCCCAGGCCAGCCAUCACCUGGCAGAAAGGUAAUGGUGAGCGAAUCUUGGCCAGUGGCUCAGUGCAGCUUCCUCGUUUUACACUGUUGGAGUCAGGAAGCCUCCUUAUCAGCCCUACACGGAUCUCAGAUGCUGGCAACUACAUCUGCCUUGCCACCAACUCCCGUGGUGUGGAUGAGGCUUCUGCUGAGCUUGUUGUCUGGGCCCGGACACGCAUCACCAACCCACCUCAGGAUCAGAGUGUCAUCAAAGGCACCAAAGCUUCCAUGACCUGUGGAGUGACCCAUGACCCCAGUGUGGUAGUCCGGUAUGUGUGGGAGAAGGAUGGCAUAACACUAAACGUGGAGGGUGUGCCACGCCUGCGAUUGGACAACACGGGCACUCUACACAUUGCCCAGACCUGGUCAGGUGACAUUGGCACUUACACCUGUCGGGUGGUGUCUGCUGGAGGAAAUGACUCCCGAAGUGCCCACCUGCGAGUCCGGCAGCUCCCGCAUGCACCAGAAAACCCCAUCGCUGUGCUGAGCACUGUAGAGAAACGCGCCAUCAACCUGACAUGGACCAAGCCCUUUGAUGGAAACAGCCCACUGCUGCACUACAUCCUUGAGGUCUCCGAGAACAAUGCUCCUUGGAUAGUGCUCAUGGCCAGUGUGGACCCUGAGGUGACCUCCGUGCUGGUGAGAGGCCUGGUUCCUGCCCGGUCAUACCAGUUCCGCCUUUGUGCUGUCAAUGAUGUGGGCAAAGGCCAGUUCAGCAAGGACACUGAGAGAGUUUCCCUCCCUGAAGAACCCCCCACAGCACCUCCACAGAACGUCAUUGCCAGUGGCCGCACCAACCAGUCCAUCAUGAUCCAAUGGCAGCCACCACCUGAGAACCACCAGAAUGGCAUCCUCAAAGGCUACAUCAUCAGAUUUUGCCUAGCUGGCCUGCCUGUGGGCUACCAGUUCAGGAACAUCACCAAUGCAGAUGUCAACAACCUCCUGCUGGAAGAUCUGAUCAUUUGGACCAAUUAUGAGAUUGAGGUGGCUGCAUACAAUAGUGCUGGACUGGGUGUCUACAGUGCCAAAGUCACAGAAUGGACUCUCCAAGGUGUUCCCACUGUAUCCCCGGGUAACGUGCAGGCCGAGGCCACCAACUCCACCACCAUUCGCUUCACCUGGAAUCCACCCAGCCCCCAGUUCGUCAAUGGCAUCAAUCAAGGCUACAAGCUGAUUGCCUGGGAGCCAGCGCAAGAAGAAGACAUGACCGUGGUGACCGUGCGGCCUAACUUCCAAGACAAUAUCCAUGUGGGUUACAUCUCAGGACUCAAGAAAUUCACAGAGUAUUUCACCUCUGUGCUGUGUUUCACCACACCAGGCGACGGACCUCGCAGCCCACCGCAGCUGGUGCGCACCCAUGAGGACGUUCCGGGUCCAGUGGGACACCUCAGCUUCAGUGAGAUCCUGGACACAUCUCUGAAGGUCAGCUGGCAAGAGCCCCUAGAAAAAAAUGGUGUUCUGACAGGUUACCGGAUCUCCUGGGAAGAAUACAACCGCACAAAUACUCGUGUAACACACUACCUGCCUAACGUCACACUGGAAUAUCGUGUCACUGGCCUCACUGCCCUUACCACUUACACCAUUGAAGUGGCAGCCAUGACCUCUAAGGGACAAGGACAGGUUUCCUCCUCCACUAUUUCUUCUGGGGUUCCUCCAGAGCUCCCUGGCCCGCCUUCUAACUUGGGUAUCUCCAACAUUGGGCCUCGCUCGGUCACACUUCAGUUCCGUCCUGGUUAUGAUGGCAAGACAUCCAUUUCCAGGUGGCAGGUGGAGGCUCAGGUGGGUCAGACUGGUGAGAGCGAGGAGUGGACCCUCAUCCAUCAGCUGUCUAACGAGCCAGAUGCCCGCUCCAUGGAGGUGCCCAAUCUCAAUCCCUACACAUACUACAGCUUCCGCAUGCGACAAGUGAACAUCGUAGGCACCAGUCCUCCCAGCCUGUCUUCCCGCAGGAUCCAAACCCUUCAAGCUCCACCGGAUGUAUCUCCUGCAAAUAUUACAUUGCGCACAGCCAGUGAAACCAGCCUCUGGCUGCGAUGGAUGCCCCUGCCAGAGACAGAGUACAAUGGCAGCCCUGAGUCGGUGGGCUACCGGUUGCGUUACUCACGCUUAGAUGGGCGCGGCCGCACGCUGGCCCACACCAUCCAUGACCGUGUGGAGCGUGAAUUCACCAUUGAGGAUCUGGAAGAAUGGACUGAGUACCGUGUGCAGGUGCAGGCCUUCAAUGCCAUUGGGCCUGGGCCAUGGAGUCAGACCGUGGUGGGGCGAACGCGGGAGUCAGUGCCUUCAUCUGGUCCCACCAACAUCUCAGCCCUGGCUACCACGUCCACUUCUAUGCUGGUGCGGUGGAAUGACAUCCCUGAGGCUGAUCGAAAUGGUCUUGUUCUGGGCUAUAAAGUCAUGUAUAAAGAAAAGGACUCGGAUGCAAGGGCCCAGUUCUGGUUGGUGGAGGGAAAUGCUUCACGGAGUGCCCAACUCACAGGCUUGGGCAAAUAUGUCCUUUAUGAAAUUCGAGUACUGGCUUUCACUCGCAUCGGCGAUGGUAUGCCCAGCAAUCCACCCAUCCUGGAGCGCACACUGGAUGAUGUGCCUGGGCCCCCAGUGGGCAUCCUCUUCCCAGAAGUGAGAACAACAUCUGUACGGCUCAUCUGGCAGCCACCUGCUGCUCCCAAUGGUAUCAUUCUGGCUUACCAGAUCACCCACCGCCUCAACACCACCACUGCCAACUCGGCCAGUGUGGAAGUACUCAACCCCAGUGCCCGUCAGUUUACUGCUACUGGUCUCAGACCUGAGUCCACCUAUCUCUUCCGUAUCACAGCACAGACCCGGAAAGGCUGGGGCGAGGCAGCAGAAGCACUGGUGGUCACCACUGAGAAGAGAGACCGACCUCAACCUCCCAGCAAGCCAGUUGUGCUGCAGGAAGACAUCAAGGCAAGGAGUGUGCUGUUGUCCUGGGAGCCAGGAAGUGAUGGGCUCUCACCAGUCCGGUAUUACACUGUGCAAACACGGGAACUGCCUGAAGGGAAAUGGGCACUGCAUUCUGCUUCCGUCAGUCACAACACAUCAUCUUUCAUAGUCAACAGGCUGAAGCCUUUCACCACCUAUAAAUUUCGAGUCAAAGCAACCAACGACAUUGGAGACAGCGAAUACAGUGAAGAGUCAGAGUCACUCACCACAUUACAGGCUGCCCCAGAGGAGGCUCCUACCAUCUUGUCAGUGACACCUCACACCACCACAUCAGUGUUGAUUCGCUGGCAGGCUCCACCUGAAGACAAAAUCAAUGGCAUUUUAUUAGGUUUCCGAAUCCGCUAUCGGGAAUUGGCAUAUGAAGGCGUGCGAGGCUUCACUGCACGCAGUAUCAGCAAUCCCAAUGCAAAAUGGACUGAACUGACUUCAACGUACGCCAUGCGGAACCUGACUGAGGCCUCCCUCACACAGUACAAGCUGGACAAUUUAAACAAGCACCGUCGCUAUGAGAUCAGAAUGAGUGUUUACAAUGCUGUGGGUGAGGGACCCGCCAGCUCCCCACAGGAGGUCUUUGUGGGUGAGGCUGUCCCCACAGCUGCACCACAGAACGUGGCCAUUCAAAGUGCCACAGCCACCCAGCUCGAUGUCACAUGGGAGCCACCACCUCCUGAAGCACAGAAUGGAGACAUCCAAGGCUACAAGAUCUAUUUUUGGGAGGCCCAGAGGCAGAAUGAAACAGAAAAGGUGAAAACUCUCUUCCUACCAGAAAAUGGCGUUAAACUCAAGAAUUUAACUGGCUACACGGCCUACCUUGUCAGCAUUCUGGCCUUCAAUGCUGCAGGAGAUGGGCCUCGCAGUUCUCCAAUCAAGAGCAGGACCCAGCAAGCAGCUCCCAGCUCACCAGGCAUCAUCAAAUUCAGUGAGCUCACCACCACCUCUGUGAACGUGUCCUGGGAGCCGCCACUCUUUCCCAAUGGAAUUCUGGAGGGCUAUCGGCUCAUCUAUGAGCCCUGCAUGCCUGUAGAUGGUGUCAGCAAGAUUGUAACAGUGGAUGUGAAGGGAAACAGCCCCCUGUGGCUGAAGGUCAAAGACCUGGCAGAAGGCAUCACUUACCGGUUCCGGAUCCGAGCCAAGACAUUCACCUAUGGGCCAGAAGUAGAAGCCAACAUCACCACAGGGCCAGGGGAAGGUGCUCCAGGUCCCCCAGGUGAGCCCUUCAUCUCCCGGUAUGGCUCAGCCAUCACUAUCCACUGGUCGAGUGGCGAUCCAGGCAAAGGACCUAUUACCAGAUAUGUUAUUGAGGCACGACCUUCAGAUGAAGGGCUCUGGGACAUUCUUAUAAAGGACAUCCCCAAGGAAGUCACUUCAUAUACCUUCAGCAUGGACAUUUUAAAGCAGGGUGUCAGCUACGACUUCAGGGUCAUCGCUGUCAAUGAUUAUGGCUAUGGGACACCCAGCUCUCCCUCCCCAUCAGUCUCAGCUCAAAAAGCCAACCCCUUCUAUGAGGAGUGGUGGUUCCUGGUAGUCAUCGCUUUGGUGGGACUCAUCUUCAUCCUCCUACUGGUCUUUGUACUUAUCAUCCGUGGGCAGAGCAAGAAGUAUGCCAAGAAGUCAGACUCAGGGAGCAACUCCAAGUCGAAUGCACUCGGUCAUGGGGAGAUGGUCAGCCUGGAUGAAAGCAGUUUCCCUGCUCUGGAGCUGAACAACCGGCGCUUGUCAGUGAAGAAUUCCUUCUGCCGGAAGAACGGCAUCUACACAAGAGCUUCCAUGUCUCUUCCGAGGUCUCCACCACGGCCCAGCCCUGGCUCCCUGCACUACUCAGAUGAGGAUGUCACCAAGUACAAUGAUCUCAUCCCAGCUGAGAGCAGCAGCCUUACGGAGAAGCCCUCAGAAAUCUCUGACUCACAGGGAAGCGACAGUGAGUAUGAAGUCGAUCAGAACCACCAGAAAGCCCAUUCCUUUGUCAACCAUUACAUCAGUGACCCAACUUACUACAAUUCAUGGAGGCGCCAACAGAAGGGCAUCUCGCGGGCCCAGGCCUACAGUUAUACAGAGAGUGACUCUGGUGAGCCCGACCACUGCCCGAUGUCCAACAGCACCAGCACCCAACAGGGCAGCCUCUUCCGGCCCAAACCUAGUAGGACUCCAACCCCACAAACUCCAGUCAACCCUCCUAGUCAGCAGAGCACCCUUUACCGACCUCCCAGUAGCCUUGCCCCUGGCUCCAGAGCCCCCAUUGCUGGGUUUUCUUCUUUUGUUUGACAUUUUUAAAGAGAGGAACAAGAGAGAGAGAAAAUGAAGAAAAAAUAAUGGAUUUAAUAAUAAUAAUAAUGAAGAACAUUUUGGUCCAGAAUUAUUAUUUUUUCAGAGGCAAUGAGAAGAUCAUGUGGGAGACAAUCAGUCUUAGUUGAGUUUGGAAUCAUUUUCCUGCUGCUGCUUCUAGUAUUGCACAGUGUUCUUCAAAGGAAUUACCUGUUUGCAAACAUGUACCUGGAGCAAGACAGGAGACAAACCUGUUUGCAAGUCUAGAGCUCGAAGGAGGGAAGGCAACAGUGUAAAGAUUAGGAGCCCCAAAGUUAAGACAAUGUUUAGUGUUUGCUGACCACCUCCUUGCAGAUCAACUGUCUAAACAGAGAGAGAAAUCAUGCAUUGAUGUUUCUCAGAAUAGUCUGUUCAGGUUGAAAUUUUUUUCUCCAGCCAAAGCUUUCCUCGGAGGGGAACGGGUUAGGGCUCUACAAUAUGUAAAUAGGAGCCAGUAGGGCUGCUGCAGCAAGUUGCUUAAUGCAGUAUCAGCUAGUAUGAUGUGCAGAAGACUGGCCAAUGGGCAGUUCAACUGGCCAAUGAGAGAAGAUCCCAAGAUCCCACUGUGAUGUCCUAGUAGCAGUUUUGGAGAGUUGGAGAACCACUGUUGGGAAUUCUAAUUGCUGAGACUAUCUUGACUGGACCAUAGCAGUAUAUGCAGGGCAAACAGCACCUACGCUCAGAACCAGUUUUGCCUCCAUUUACUCUUUCACUCAGAACCCGGAACAUUUGCAGACAAUAACCAAGCUGAAUGGUGCUGACUAGGAACAACACGGUUUCUUUUUGUGCAUUUUGAAGUGAGGAUAGGAAUGUGGAUUUGAGAAUGGUUGGGAGGAAGUUGUAGAAUUCAACGGAAUCACUAUUCUGUCGCUUGGCAGAAAUACACAAUGAGUAUCACCUCAGUGAAAGUGCCCUCCUCGCUGGCUUUGUGGGAGACCUGAGCACCUGCAGUCAAACCAGUCAUGAAGCAGAAUCCACCCCACAUGGUUGGAUAGUCUCUCAGCGCCCUGAUAUCUUCUCAGUUCCUUCCCCACCAUUCACUUCAUUGAACCAGGAGAGCGGAAGGUGAGGGGGGAGGAGCCCCAAUCCAAAUCAAGUGCAAUUUGAGGGGGCGUUCAGGGAAAAGAUACACAUGUGACCAUUUAAAUUAUGCUGCACAGCCCCUUGGUACUGGCAUUAGAAUGGAUAACCUCAGGGGGGCUGUACUUAUGCCUCACUGUAGCGUUUUCUCUCCUCCUCCUGGUAUCAAAACAAAAUACUCUCUUCAGUUCCCUAGAAAAGGAGAGUUUGUCCCCAUCCCCAAUUUCCCCCUUUUAUAUAGUUUUGUUUUGGGUUUUUUAAUUCACAGUCCACAGACAUUACGGUGGGAGGAAGGAGGGGAAACGGUGGGCAAUGCUAAAGCAAUGCAUUGGAAGUGCCCCCCCUCUCACUUUUGUUUUGUUUGUUUUUUAAUUCUGUUUUAGCACAAAGGUAUGGGGGAGGCAGGUGGGAAGCUAUUAUUAUUAUUUGUUUCUUUUUGGCCUAGCAGAAUACAUGCACACACAUGCAGACACACACAUACACAGAGUGCCUACUGAGCCCCAAGAUCUGCGGCGGCCAUCUUUCUUUUUCUAACAGAAUCAUGGGUUGGAGCCGAACACAAACCCAGGAACAGUGGGGAAAAGAAGCGUGGGGGGGUGGGGAAUAUGAGCAUUAUGCUCCAGCUGAGUUACCUUAUUUCCUGGGAGUGCUAGGGAUAUAGCUAUGUCCAUUAUAACCCCCUCACCUCGCCCCAUGCCUUUAUUUGCACAUUGUUUUCAGAGCCUGGUUUACAAAGAAUUGAACCUGGCACAUAGGGUCCUUUUAAUAAAGAAUCAAAAUGCAAUUUGAA